AUGAACCGAAUAUCUCAACUGAUGUCAACACCAGUAGCAAAUUCUUCCCGGUCUGAGAAAGAAUACGCUGUAGGGCUGUCUCCCCCAUGCAUUUUCCCAAGUUUUGUCUGUGAUUUCCUGGAUGGUGGCAGUCCCUUUGAGUGCUGCCCCAUAGAUCCCCUGGCAGACUCCCACCUUACCUGUCGCCGAAGUCCCAGACUCCUCACCAAUGGCUACUACAUCUGGACCGAAGACAGUUUUCUCUGCGACAAAGAUGGCAACACAACUCUGAGCCCCUCCCAGACCAGUGUCCUGUACAAGGAGAACUUAGUCAAUGCCUCUGAAUCUUGGCUGCAUGGAAGCAUCUUUGGUAAUGCUGACUCUUCCCCCAAUGAGGACAUCUGGUUGGAGGGGGUCAGGAGGCUGGAAACAAACCAUUGCAAUGAAAAUGGAGGUGGUUUGGACUGUUCACUGAUGGAUAACUGGGAGUCGGAGAAGCUAAAUUCAGAGUCUGUGAAAACCUCCUUUUCCAGCCAUGUCACCUCUCGGAGUCCCAGAGAAAACUCCCACAACCUGCCUCCUCGGUCCCAGUUCACAGCUUCUGAACCUUUCCAGGAAAACAUUUUGGAUCAUCCAAAAACCAGUUUGUUACGAGAGGUCUCCUUUCAAGCAGCUCUGUUUGCUGCAUGCUUAAUUAUCUCUGCCUGUGCAAGAUGGUUUCUGGGAGGAAUCAUAGCCAGUGUCUUCACAUGCUCCUUGGUGAUAACCAUUGCUUAUGUCGUCAAGUCAUUCCUUCUCAGCCUUGCCAACUGUUUCAGAGCCACCACCUGCACUUGUCUUAGCCCCGGUGUCAGUUCUGAGCUCCACACAGCUCAGGGCUCACAGUUCAAUGAUCGAGGUAGACAAAGAGGCAGCGACAUCAACGUGAUGGGCAAUAAGACAGAGGGGACUCCAGGCCGACUUUCAAAUUUUAGAGUAUUCUUGGCUUUGUCUUUGGACCUCUUCUCUGUCAAAGUUCACUCCAAGAGUGGUCUCAUCCAUGCACACUGGCCAGUUGAUCUGGGGAAAGGGAAGCAGUCUGCGAAGGUGGAAGGUGGGGACGUGGAGGAGGACUAG